AAGGGUCCCCUUUUUCCAAAAACUACCACCUCACAAUCUCCCUAAAAUCAGCACGAACCUCCUCCGGAUGUAGCGCUCAAAAGUGCGUCCCACUUGUAAAGCAGCUGCUUCAUCUUGAUGUUAUUCUUUAUCAAUAGCUACCACAACGAUUUCCCCUUUUCAAACACGCGCGCUCUCUUUCUCCCGGAUUCAUCGAUUUCCUGGAGCGUGACGUCCCGGCAAUCUAGAAUCACAACAACAAGCUGACUUCUGCCCCAUGGGAGCGUUUACAUCGUUAGUCGACGCUUUACCGGACACAGACUAGCCUACAGACUAUACUUUAACACAAAGUUUGCUCAAAAUAAUAGCCUCUUACAUAGGCUUCAUUUUCUUUACUAGAUUUUGCGGGACGCGAUGGAAGAAGAGGCUCAUGGCAGGAUAUCGGUGAAUAAAUACCAACCGACGGAGUUGAAAGUCAAAGAAGAAGAGGACCAUGGCGAUUUCAGUUAUCAAAGGCCAGGAGGGAGCCCAAACUCACACUCCGACGGUGGGAAGACUUCCUCAGAGUCAGGGGAAUCAGACAGAGAGCUGCCCAAAUCAGACAGACCGCACAACUGCUCUCUGUGCAGAAAAGGAUUUUCCCAAUUGGGACAUCUGAAAUUACACAAUAAAACGCAUACAGGAGAGAAACGCUAUGUCUGUAUUCAAUGCGGGAAGAGUUUCGCAAGGUCAGACUAUUUAAAAAAACAUGCGAAAAUUCACAGUGUAGAGAAACCAUACAAAUGCUCUGUGUGCGGCAAGGUAUUUGCUAGGUCAGACAUCUUAACCAUACACAAGAGAGUUCACACUUCAGAGAGGGUGCAGCAUCCCACCAAAGAGAAACUCUAUCCCUGCUCUCAGUGCGGAAAGCGGUUCUCUCAAUUGGGAAACCUCAAAUCGCAUGAGAGCGCUGUGCAUGCAGGAAAGAAGCCUUUCAACUGUCCUGAAUGCGGAAAGGGGUUCUCACAUUUUGGUAACAUGCAAAAACACCAGCGUGUGCACACUGGAGAGAAACCAUACAUGUGCCCUGAUUGUGGGACAGGUUUUUCCAGAUCACAUCACCUCAAAACACAUCAGCAAAUUCAUAAAGGGGAGAAGCCUCACUUAUGCACUGAAUGUGGGAAGGGUUUUGCUAGGGCAGACUCUUUAACGGCACAUCAGCGAGUGCACAGGCUAGACAACAAGCCGUACGGCUGUUCUGCCUGUGGCAAAGCCUUCUCUUCAUUUGGAAACUUAACGCAGCAUCAGAGAAUUCACACCGGAGAGAAACCAUAUCAGUGCUCUCAGUGUGAGAGAAGCUUUGCUUUUUCAACAGAUUUGAAAAAUCAUCAGAGGAGACACACUGGAAUGAAACCAUACUAUUGCUCGGACUGUGGGAGAAGUUUCACAACGGCAUCUUCCCUAAAAUCACACCAGAAAAUUCACAAAUUAUAAAAGUCAUGGUCUCUGUGUGGUAGUAAUGUCUCUCUACAUUGUCAAACACUAGCGAAAUACUCAGCUGUCAAAAUGCUGCCGAUGGGGAAACCUUGAGGCUCACAUUUUUCUUAGGAGUACUAGAGGCACAAUAUUCUCAUGGUUUAAUCCUUGAUUUAAAAACAGCAUAGGAAUUCAAUGUUUUGUUUUUAAUACAGUUAUUUUGGUUAAUUGGAUGGUUAUUUUUACACUGAAACACUAAAUCUCUUUAAUGUUUGAAUGUGAUUACUACAUAGCUCCAGUUGUGUGAAUUUUAUUCUAUAUAUGUUGAUAAUGACGAGCAAAAAACAUGACUAUAGGGAACCAGAAUCUCCUGCAAAUUAUGUUAACUUUUUGUUGUAUAACCUGCAUUUGUCAUAAGAGGGUCAGGACACAUUACAUUGCAAUCACAAAACAUAUGCAAUGUCAUAAGUUAUAUUGACAAACUUUAGUUGCAAACUCAUUUGAAGCAUUUAUGCUUUAAUUUAGUCCUCUGUCACUAGUUCAGUUGGUAGAGAUAAGAGUGUCUGCUAAAUGGCAUACUGACUGGCUGCAUCACUGCUUGGUAUGGCAAUAGCACCCCCCUCGAUCGCCUGGCGCUACAAAGGGUUGUGCCGACAGCUAAGUACAUCACUGGGGCUGAGCUCCCUGCCAUCUAGGACCUCUAUCAGGUGGUUGACUUGACAGCUCAUGCAGUUUUAGUGUUCUGAUUACAGAGUUCUGAUCAUGGAACACCAUGUGUCUACACCUACACAGUUGCCACAUAAAAAUAAAAAAAAUGAUAGAGAUGGAAUUCCCGGCACAAAUAUUUUACAAAAUGUUUAGAUUUAGGCUAUAAAAUUGAUUUUAUCAAAGAAAACGGCACUUCAUUUGAUCAAUGGGAUACUCAGGAAGAGAAAUAAGAGCAAGAUAUCAGAAUGUAAGUCAUAAUUUUACUUUCAGAUGUGAAAGUCUAAACUGUCAUGGCGGAAAAUGUUUUGUUGAUUGCUCUUCUCAAACAAAAGCAUGGGAAUUGUUCUCUGUAAUAGCUAUUUUAAAUUGGAAAACGUAGUUUGAUUACCAAGAUUCUAAUCUUUUGAAGGGUGUAAGACACUUGCAUUUUCAAGAAUGUUUAAUGUUACAAAAUUGUAUUUUUAGUUGUCACUCUGAAAUUUCCCCUGAUGUUGGUCCCUGUACGGGGACAACAGCCACAAUUAACCUGGGAAGGAAAGAAAUUUCACAAAUUAACUUCUAACAAGGCAUACCUGUUAAUUGAAAUGCAUUCCAGAUGAGUACCUCAUUAAGCUGGUUGAGAGAAUGCCAAGAGUGUGCAAAGCUGUCAAAGCAAAGGGUUGCUACUAUGAAUAAUCUCAAAUAUAUAUAUUUUAAACUUUUUUUGGUUAGUACAUGAUUCUAUAUGCGUUAUUUCAUAGUUUGGAUGUAUUCACUAUUAUUCUACAAUGUAGAAAAUAGUCAAAAUAAAAGAAAACUCCAAAAAAUGAGUAGGUGUGUCCAAACAUUUGACUGGUACUGUAUAUAUUUGCAAAAAAAUAUGGGGGAUUGGAAAUAAUGCAGACAAUUGCGCUGAUCGAAGCUACAAUCUGCAAUAUUAAAGCUGAUCUACACACUAAAAAUAAAAAGUUGAGGGAGCAUGCAAUUGGUAUGCUGACUGCAGGAACAUCCACCGGAACUGUUGCCACAGAAUUGAAAGUUAAUUUCUUUACAUUAAGUCGCCUCCAAUGUAAUUUUAGACAAUUUGGUAGUACGUACAGUGCCGUGAAAAAGUAUUUGCCCCCUUCCUGAUUUCUUUUUGCACAUUUGUCACACAAAUGUUUGAUCAAACACAUUUUAAUAUUACACAAAGAUAACCCAAGUAAACACAAAAUGCACUUAAGUGAUAGCUUUUUUUCACUUAAUAAAUAAAAUUAUCCGAACCUUCUUGGCCCUAUGUGAAAAAGUAAUUGCCCCCUAUACCUAAUAACUGGUUGUGCCACCCUCAGCAGCAACAACUGCAAUCAAGUGUUUGCAAUAACUGGCAAUGAGUCUUUCACAUCACUGUGGAUGAAUUUUGGCCCACUCUUCUUUGCAGAAUUGUUUUAAUUCAGUCACAUUGGAGGGUUUGAGAGCAUGAACUGCCGUUUUAAGGUCACCCCACAGCAUCUCAAUCAGAUUCAAGUCCAGACUUUGAUUAGGCCACUCCAAAACCUUUUUUAAAUUUUUUUUUAAGCCAUUUAGGAGGUGGACUUGCCAGUGUGUUUUGGAUCAUUGUCCUGCUGUAGAACCCAAGUGCGCUUCAGCUUGAGGUCACAAACUGAUGGCCGGACAUUCUCCUUCAGAAUUGUUUUGUAGAGAGCAGAAUUCAAUCACAGCGAGUCAUCCAGGUCUUGAAGCAGCCCCAGACCAUCACACGACCACCACGUUUGACUUUUGGUAUGACGUUCUUUUUCUGAAAUGCUAUGUUACUUUUACGCCAGAUGUAACGGGAUGCACACCUUCCAAAAAGUUCAACUUUUGUCUCGUCAGUCCACAGAAUAUUUCCUCAAAAGUCUUGGGAAUCAUCAAGAUGUUUCUUGCCAAAAGCGAGACGAGCCUUUGCUCUUUUUGGUCAGCAGUAGUUUUCGCCUUGGAACUCUGCCAUGGAUGCCAUUUUUGCCCAGUCUCUUUCUUAUGGGUGAGUCAUGCAUACUGACCUUAACUGAGGCAAGUGAGGCCUGCAGUUCUUUAGAUGUUGUUGUGGGUUCUUUUGUGACCUCUUGGAUGAGUCGUCGCUGCACUCUUGGGGUAAUUUUGGUAGGCCGGCCACUCCUGGGAAGGUUCACCACUGUUCCAAAUGUUCUCCAUUUGUGGAUAAUGGCUCUCACCGUGGCUCACUGGAGUCCCAAAGCAUUAGAAAUGGCUUUGUAACGCUUUAUAGACUGAUAUAGAUGUCAAUGACUUUGUUUCUCAUCUGUUCCUGAAUUUCUUUGGAUCGCGGCAUGAUGUCUUGCUUUUUGAGAUAUUUUGGCCUACUUCACUUUGUCAGACAGGUUCUAUUUAAGUGAUUUCUUGAUUCAAUAAAUAAAUAAAUAACGUGUUUUUAUCAAAGCAAUCACUUUUGCAUGUGAAAACACAGAAUUCUACUCAUUACUCCACGUGCUUAACCUAUCUCACUUUUGUAUUCAGAAUAGGGCACUGGGGCAGCCCAGCUCCAAAACUAAUGCAAUCAACUUCAACACUUUGACUCGGGCCAGGCCUUAGCCAUUAAUAGAAUCCCCUCUAUGCUAAGUGUAGCUAACAGUGUUCAGCCAAUUAGGUGACCCUUAACAAAGAGUCAUGCCUUGGUCCAUUUGUGCAGUGUUUGGCUGACCGCCAUAUGCAACUUCAUGGUGUAGCACGAGCAUGAUGGUGGUAACUGUUUUAUUAAGAUUGUCGGCAUAUUCCUUCUAAGUUGGUAAAAGAUAAAACUGAUGCUAUUGCAGUCUGAAUAGAACAUGUUUAAUGUACCUGCUGGCUCAAGGGCCAAAUUAAUGUGCUAGCCGACGUAGCCUACAAUGUGCGUCGAUGAUAGUGGACCCUUCAAAAGACAGGUAAUUAGCGACCACUAGCGGCUGUCCAGGUUGUGUUGUUUGGUCCUCCCUUUUACGAUUUGUAAAAGUGGUUUAUUAGGCUGAAGAUGACAUAUUAUGGUGAACUGCACAGGGGGGUGAAGUGCAUGGUGAUGAUCUUGAUGCUCAUUUCCAAUAAAUGUAUUUCUAUAACCAGU